AGGGCAGUAUUUGAUUAUAAACCCGCACCGGAAUUACUGUUUUUACAUUAGCAUAAGAAGUGGAACGCUGCCCGGUCCGAUUAGAUUAUACUACAGCAGUCUUCUCGGUGUUUUUAAUUACCUAUGCAAUCGAAAAUUGUAAUGACCAUUCAAUUGGCUCAAGGGGACCAAGCCGAUGGCGAUGCUCAUCACAGUUACAGCGCUAGCAUUAUUUAGAAUUAAUAAUGUGUAUUGAUUUUUUUUUCUUGUUUAAUUUACAAACGUGACCACAAGAAUUUCGGCGUUUUCCAAAUUCAUUAUUUAUACUGAAUAUAUAUUGUAAUGGAUAAUUGAUAUGUGGACAGAAAUGUGUGUGUGUCUGUGUCUUUCACGCAAUGCGAUAUAAACUGCGCUGGUUAGAUACUGCAAAGAAUGUGUCAUUCUAUAAGCUUUUUAGAGGUGUACCUAAACGCGCCGCCAAAAGGCAGCAUUCUGAAGCGGCUUAAAAUACUGUACUGCCGUCAGUCCUGUGCUCGGAAAUUAAUAGCGGAUGCAAACACAGUUCGAUGCGUUCUGAUAGACAAAGGGGCUUUGUGGUGCAGUUUUGGUACAGGGAUCAAAGGGAUGAAAUCAACAGCCCGCACCUAUGACGUCGAGUACGCACACUAUACUAUUCAUUUUAAUCUGCACGCGAGAGGGUUUUCUUGUCAAGGCUAUGAAUGCGCCAUAGUGGACGUCAACUCUCAAUGAGAAAAAUGAAAAGCAAAAGAUUUCAUCGCAGGACAACUAGAUCCGCAAGGAAACAAUGUGCUUAAGAUAAAGUCAUCUUCACGAAAGCCACGGACAAAACAUUUUUGUGUAAUCCAUAUUUAAACCAGCAAAGACAAUUACCCUCUUAACACACAAGUCACCCCCUCCCUGGUUUCCCUUAUGUGUGAUUCGCUUUGCCCCUUUGAAAUCACGGACAUGCUCCAGCAAAACAAUAACAACAAUUACUUGUGCUUGGAGCGAGGGUGUCACAAUAGAAAAAUAAUUGUAGAAAACAGCAGCAGGGGAGGAGGAGGGGGAGGGGGUGACAAUCUACCGCAGGCCACUUCAGAAGCAGGGAGACGGGGCGCCCAAAGUCAGGGCCCCAAAACAAAAGGCCUUCGGAACCGAGCGGCGAGCGGGGCCUGUGCCAAAAACAGGAAUAAAGCGGGUCUUACAAAGCCAGGACGUCAAGCUCGUUCCCAAGGCCCGGGUGAAAUUACAGCCUGUCAAACGAGGCUGGUGUCAGAUUCACUGGUUAACAGUACCAUCUCCUGCUUGAAUGCAAGCAAGUCCUAUUCCAAUCGUGCUUUGAAAAGCCACGGUGGCCCUGGUAUUCUUGCAGACGUAAGCACUCUAAGCCUAAGCAGAAUCAGCAGCCUGGGAUCACCGGUAACCUUGGCAACAUUAGAAGCUUCUGAAGUGAACCCAACAACAAAAGAGGGCUCAUUAUUGAGUAUCAAAGCAAGAGACCGAUACUGCAGCACUGGGAGAAUUUACAUAAGGGCUACCCGGAGUCUCGUUUCUCAACCACAGGCUGUUGGCAGACAUGAAUUUUUUCUAAACCCCUGGGGAAGGCAAGACAGGAAUAUGACUGGGGAAGCUGCUUGUCCUGGGAAGGAGGAUGGGGUUGUUGUCCGAUCCUGUAACGGAGACAGGAAAGCAAUGGAAACAAACACACAUGCUUUGGGAAGAGAUGUCAUAAUAGCCAGGGAAGGGCUUCGGACUGAUUCAGUGCAUGAGUCCUGCGGCAGUGCAGUGGAGCAGAAGAAGAGCUGGGGUUUUACACCGAUUGAUGUGGACAAGCAAGGGGAAGAAGAAGACAAUGUGAAAGAAUCGAUCGCUGAUUCUUGUGUGCUGGGAAGACGUGAUACCAAAAACGUGUGUAGCGCUGAAGACUGCAUGAGGAGUAGGUUCAACAGCUGUACACAGAAUGAUGAUGUUCAGGGGGAACUAGCUGGAGAUCUGACGAAGGAGACCACGAGGAAGCAAGCUGUGUCUGCAGCAUCUGAGCUUCAUAACCAUUUCUUCUGCUCCUCGGAAAUGACUCUGGAGAAUCGAUCAGGGCAUCAGAAGCAGGGAGAUAAAAGUGGCCGAACAGUUGGUCAAGUGACGACAGCUUCUCCGGAACUCGCGAAAUUCCAAAUCCAGAAGCGCAAUGCUGGGAGUGAAAUCACAGCUAAAGCUCCUCCGCGGGUUAGGGAGGUUAAUGAAAUGUGUCGCAGGCGGGGAGAGGCGGAGAAUCUCGCGGAAAAGUAUUGCUGCAACCCAGGGGGUUGUGAAUGUUGUCAAAUUACUUCUCUAAGGCAAAGAAAGCUUCAUGGAGUAUGCCAUGAAAAAGCGGAUAAUGUCUGUGUGUCCUACAGGGCAUUCUCCUAUGACAGUUUGGCCACUGAUUUUGUCUCUGCUUUGGGUAACAGUCAGUUUGAAGCGUUUGCUUCAGUGCAGCAGUUGACCCAAGGAGAAAAACUGGGAGCUGGUGGCAGUCACUUUCCAGAAUAUGCCAAGGCCUGUGAAAAGCAUCAGAGUCUGGCUCCAGACUCUUUGACAGGAAAGACUGAAUGCACACCCAUGCCAAAGGACUGUACCUGUAGUCGUAAUGCAGCCAGCAACCCUGCACAGAACAAAGCCGAGGCACAGAGGCAGGGCCUGAAUAAAAAACCAGGCCGCACAGAGCAGGAGGCUUUAUUAUCGGGGUUUCAGAGGAGCCAGGCAGAAGAGACAGGCAGGGAUUCAAACAUAGCCCCCAUUUCAGAUAACACACUUCCACUGCAGCGCUGGUUUGGUAAUCCUGCUGCAGAAUCUAGGCCUGAUCUGUCAGUCUCCGUAUCCAAGGCAACGCCCGUGGCGCAGGAGAGCUCAGCCGAGGUCGGAGGUCAUUCUCUUUCUCUCAGCACGACCGGGGAGGUUGGUAAUGACAGGGAGAGCCCUGGUAUUGAACAGCCAGGAGACGAUGAGGAAUUUGGCCUUUUUGAGAAAGCAGGGGAUCGCCUCCACUGGGACGAAGGAUUUGCAGAGUUCGAACAAGUGCCUUGCUGGAAAAAGGGCUGUGUUGAUGUUGCUAUCAGUCCCCAGUCCACCUCCUUGGAUGGUUGGACUGCCUUCUCAGAGGGGGACACCAGUGGAUUUGGACUGGGAGAGGGGACGGAGCGGGACAGAGACAGUGGUGGACAGUGGUGGCUGGACAGUGCUGUGGAGGAGACCAGAACUGCACAGCCAACCCCUCUGGACCCAUCCAAUGUCUUUCAAGGCUGCUUCCCUUCUGUGACAUCAUCCCACUGGGAGACAGACAAGGUCCCAUCUCUGAAAGAACAGAUGCAAAGGCCAGCCUCCAAUCUGUGGGAGGGACUCCAGGAUGUGAACGAGGCAAUUGGUUUAAAAUACAAGUGGGCGGGAUCUAGUGCCCAGAAACUCCUCCUACAUUCCCUUCACAUCGACCUGACCAACGUGGACACAGUUGCCUGCUCCCAGCUCAGUAGAGCCAGCCCUAAUCACAGGCUCAACCUGUUCGAGCUGCGGAACCCAGCGGACAGGAUUAGCAAGACGAAGAUCUCCUACGAUCUCAACAAGAACAUGCUGGCGUGAGCUCCGAGCUCUCCACAGCUCCCUUAGUCAACAGCUGUAACCAAAAGUUUAGCAUCACCUAUAGGUUUGAGACAUAAUUACAAUUAUGUCAUUCAAAAUGUUAACGUAACAUUAUUCAGCAGGUUUCAUUCGACUUUAUGAAAUGGAUUAAUUGUAUAGGGUGACGCUAAACUUUGGCCAAUGGCCACGGACGAUCAUUUGAUUUAGGACAGUGCUGCAUUGAUCUAAAGCUGGCCUCAUUUAUUUGUACAGAUAACUAGGCAGCAAUAACCUUUUAAAAACACUUUGGUAUUUCCAAUUGGCCAUUCCAAAGAUCAAUGGCCGUGUUGUUUGUUUUGACUAGUUCUAUUUCGUGCUGGAAUAUAAUACGAUCGAAUUACAAAACAAAAGCCAAAACUAUAUAACUUUCUUUUUUGGUAGCUUCUCGUUUAUUUAUAAUGAUGCAUUCGAAUUGGGCAAUGCAGUUACUUGAUAAGUCCUUUUUUUUUUUUUACUAAGUACCAUCUUUAGUGCAACUUGGAGACAUCGCAUUUUUAGUAAAUUACCUGAAAGACCUGAAACACAGAACAGAAACUUUGAAAGUGUAAUUGGGUUACAUUCAUACAUGAUUUGUUUGUAUUUUAUCCAGAAACAUUUCUCCUGGGAAACCAUAGCUUGCCAAAACCAGCACAUUUUAUUCACACCAACUUUGGCAUUCAUUUAAAUUAUAUAUA